AUGUUCGGCAUUUCUGCGUAUGGGUACGGGCUAGUGGAUAAUGACCCGGCCAAAUGGAAGAAAAUCCAGGAGCAAGGCCUUGGCGGCUUCACCGGGAUCAUCCCCCGUAGUGAUCGCUAUCGUAUCGAAGACGGUAUCAAAGACAACGUCGGCCUACAUCCGCAUAAUAAGGGAGAGUGGCAGUACUUGGAUCGAAUACAAGGCCAUUCCGAGAUGAAGAGAUGGUAUGGGGUGGGACAUGAAGCCGAGGGGGGGCAUGAGAUUGGGGCUAUGGUGAGAUCGUUGUGGGAUGAGAGAGGGUGGGAAUGCGUUUGGUUUGUGAAUCCUCCGGCGCUGCAGUCGAUGCCCGGUCUAUCGCAUUUCCAUGUCAUGGCCCGGCGUAAAACGCCGGAGGAGAUUAACGCAUCGGAGGAGAUCUGGGCAUGA